AUGCAGAAAGCAACAUACUAUGACAAUGCUGGACUGUUUGGAGGCUACUCUUAUCCCAAAUCUGACUCCUACUCCUAUGGCCCCGCUCACCAGCCAUACCCCACCUCCAGCAUCGAGAGUGAUUACCAGGGUCCGAUAUGUCCCAUCCAAACCACAACAGUCCGGCCGCCCGUUCACAAAAACAGCGAUGUAAAUGGCAGCUGUAUGAGGCCAAGUGGCAGCCAAGGUAACAGCCAACCAGAGAGCAUUGGCGAGCAGCAACAGGCACCUCCAUUGGCUCCAACUUCACCCAACUCCAACACCUCCUCUCAGAAAAAGAAAUCACCCUCCAACAAUGCUUCUAAUACUGCCACUCCAGUCAUUACAAAGCAAAUAUUCCCAUGGAUGAAGGAAACUCGACAGAACUCCAAGCAGAAAAGUGCCAACAACUGCACAACUGCAGGUGAAACCUGCGAUGACAAAAGUCCACCAGGACCUGCCUCUAAACGUGUGCGCACUGCCUACACGAGCGCCCAACUUGUGGAGCUCGAGAAGGAGUUCCAUUUCAACCGGUAUCUCUGUCGUCCCCGAAGAGUCGAAAUGGCCAAUUUACUCAAUCUCACCGAGCGACAAAUAAAGAUAUGGUUUCAGAACAGGAGGAUGAAGUACAAAAAGGAUCAAAAAUCAAAGGGGAUAAUGCAUUCUCCCUUAGGACACUCCCCGGACAGAAGUCCACCUUUAAGUGGUCCAAAUCAUAUUGGAUAUUCUGGUCAGCUACCGAAUGCAAACAGCCUCAGCUACGAUGCGCCAUCACCUCCGUCAUUCGCCAAACCGCAACAAAACAUGUACGGCCUGGCUGCAUACACGGCGCCAUUGGGUGGCUGCAUGCCGCAGCAGAAGAGGUAUCCGGGCACAGAGUACGAACACCACAGCAUGCAGGGCAACGGCAGCUUUGCCAGCGCGAAUUUACAAGGCAGUCCCGUGUACGUCGGGGGGAAUUUUGUUGAUUCUAUGCCAGCUUCAGGCCCCAUGUUCAACCUUGGCCAUCUCCCUCAUCCUUCAUCCGCCAGUGUGGACUACAGCUGCGCUGCUCAAAUUCCGGGCAACCACCACCAUGGACCCUGUGACCCUCAUCCCACAUACACAGACCUCACUUCUCACCAUGCGUCUCAGGGAAGGCUCCAGGAAGCGCCUAAACUAACACAUUUGUAA